AUGGCCAAAAAGAAUCGUAAGAAAAAAUCUAAUCCAACACCAGAAAAUUCCAUUGUUGCAAAUAAUAGUAAUAAUACCGAAGGAGGAAAUCAAGAAGAUGAAGAGUUUGAUGCUACUAGUAAUAAUAAUAAUAAUAACAAUGAACAACAAUUAGUGGAUAUUAUCAGUGCUAAUGAUGAGGGAAUUAAUGAAUCAAUGGAAGAACAAUCAGUGUCGUCUUUUAAUGAUGAAACUAAUAAUAACAAUACAACAAGUACAAUUAUCAAUACGGAAGAUUUUAUUGAAUACAAUAACAACAGCAACAGCAAUACUACAACGACUAUUACUACUAAUAUUGAUAAUCAUAUUGAUAAUACAUUUAAUAGUACAAUUGAUAAUAAUGGUGGUGUAAAAUGGAAAAAUCCAUACGAUGAUGAAAUUGUUCCAGGACCAUCAACAACAUUUGAACAAAGUGAAUUCUUCUCUUCCGAUGAUCAUCAUCAAACAGAAAAAUCAAAUUCAUAUUUUGCUGAAGAUGAUGAAUUGAAUCAUAGAGUGGAGAAGAGAGAUUCAUCAUUCCUUCCUGUUCAACAAACCUCGUUAACAACUCAUAGAAAGUAUAUUAAUCCAUAUGAUAGUGAUUCUGAAAUGGAAACAUCAAAUAGAAUAAUAGCACAUCAUAGUGAGGAAAUUGAAGAACCAAUUGUUGAUACUUUGUCAAUUCCUAGAAAUGAAUCAGUGAUGAAUAAUUCAAUUCUUUCCUCUACACCUAAUGCUGAACAAGUGCCUAGUAAUGAUGUCUUGCAUAUCGAAACUGCUAGACAGCCAUUGAAUACUUUGGAAAAUCGUAGUUUUGGAUUGAAAAUAUUCGAUCUCUUCAUUGCCUUCUUCCCAUUUGGUUUUAUUUCAUUUGGAGGUCCUGUAGCCAAUGUGGGUUUAUUGGAGGAACAAUUUGUCUUUUCCAAGAGAUGGAUUUCUGAUAAGGAAUUUACAGAACUUUUUGCCUUGGCUCAAGCUUUACCAGGAACAACCUCUACUCAAAUUAUUGUCUCUAUUGGUACUCUGUAUUUGAAUUCAUAUUUGGGUGGACUUAUUGCCUUCAUUCUCUACUCCCUGCCUAGUGUUUCUGUGCUCACUAUGGCUGGAUAUAUUGCCAGUCAGGUAGAUAUUGUUGCUCAACUUCCACUCUGGGCUAACAAGCUUAUCAAUGGUUUUUCAUGUGGUGCUCUUGCCAUUGUCAUAAAUGCAGCUUGGAAGCUGACAUGCUCUGCUAUCUCUCCUGAGGCAAAGCUCCACGUCAGUACCACACUCUUCAAGGUAUUGAUGAUUGCUUCCUGCACGUGCUUCUUGAUGGUCCAACAAAAUUGGAUGCUCGUCAUUCUCAUGUUUACUGGUGCUCUCUCGACCAUUUUCUACUCCUACUUGGAAACAAACUUGAUUAGCUCUAGAAUGAAAGAAAGAAUACCUGAGGAAGAAUUGAGAAAACUUGAAACCCUUCAAUCAAAUCCUAAUGCACCAAAUUGGAAGAAAUUAUUGAAAAAAUACUACCUCUUCGUUUCAACCUUAUGGAAAAAGCCUCUUCCUGCCACAAUUCAAAACGACAAUGAAACUGAUGAAACCUUCUCCACUGUAAAUACCCAAGAGGAGGAAUUGGAAGAAAAUAAUGCACAACGAAUUAUUAUCAAUACGAACAAUGUGUCUGUAGAUACUCCGUCAUCAGUCGAUUUGCAAAACUCCUUUGAAGAAGCUAUUCAACCUCGUCUCUCCUUUAAGGAACGUGUUAAAAAGUUCUUUAAAAAGUUUGGAAAUGACAAACCAAUUUCAGGUGUUAUCAUGCUUUGCUCUUUCUGUAUUUUAUACCUGAUACUCUUUGUUGUGAAACAAUUUACAAAGUGGAAGUAUCUUUUACUAUUUGAAGGAUUCUUCAGAAUGGGCUCGACAGUAUUUGGAGGUGGAACAACAGUCAUUCCUCUCAUUUAUAAUGAAUUUGGUAUCAAACAUCAAUUGAUUACUGAAAGACAAUUUUUGAAUGGAUUCUCUCUUAUUAGCUCACUCCCUGGACCACUAUUUAAUUUCUCUGCCUUUGUUGGAGCAUGUAUUGGUGGUUGGCAAGGAGCUCUCCUCGCUUGGAUGGGUCUCUUCUUACCAGGUUUCUUUUUCAUUUGGGGAUUACUUCCUCUUUGGAGAAAGUACAGAGAAAAUGCAAUGGCUCAAAAGAUUUUAGCUGGUAUUAAUGCUACAGCCAUUGGUUUUGUCUAUGCAGCAAUUUUAUUAUUGUGGAAAUCUGCUGUGAAUACCAAUGUUUACGCAACCAUUGCUGUUUUGCUUUCAGUUUGCAUGCACUCUGUCUACACAAUUCCUGCACCAAUUUCAGUUUUCACAGGAGGUAUUUUCAGAUUCUUACUCUUCCUCAUCUUCCAAGCUUAACAUGGAUUAAUUUUUUUACUGAAAUCCCCACAUGAUCCUUAAAUAUCUUUAAAAAUAAAUUAUUACAACACAUGAUCACAC